AUGCAGUCGUCCGCCGCCAUUGACGAUGCCUUGACGGCCGGGGCAAAGCUUAGCGCCCAUCACAACAUCCCCUAUACCCGCGACAUCUGGGCGCGCGCAACCGCAACGCGCGUCUCCGCCUGUCUCAGCGCUGCCUUCGUGCUCGCGCUGUGGUAUGUCGCCUACCAUGCGCUCGUCGGCACGCGCGCAUCCUCGCGUGGUGCCAAGCCGCUCUGGCAGCUCUCCACCAUGCUCGCCGACGACGCCUCCAUCGACCGCCUCGACACCGAGCUCGACAGCGACGAGUACGAGGACGAGCACGAGUCGCGCGCCUCCGGCUUCCUGGCCAACGCACGCGAGCGCCACGCGCUCCGCAGGAUGCUCGCACGCAACGAGGGCAAGCGCUCGAGCAUCGUCCGCAUCACCUCGUCCGAUCCAUCCAGCUCGCUGAGCGACCAUCCCAUGCAGGUCGACCUCGAACCGCCCACGCGCCGGUCCUUCUGGCCCGCACCUGCCUCCUCGACGCCCCCCUCCGACUCGGCGGCGAGCUCACCUACCUCCUCGACACCCCCACCUGCCUCGGCGAGGCGUCGCAAGGAAAGCGGCAGGCUUGCAGCAGCCGAACCCGGGCGCAGACAGCAUACUGCCAGCCCCAGCCGGUCUCCUACGCUCUUGUCCGGGUCGCUCCCCGUGCGUCCGACGCGCAUCCGCCCCGUCGAUCGCUCGCCCCUCGGUCGCGUCGCAUCCCGAAGCAAGCGCAACGGCUCCCCCAGCCUCGGCACCGACGCUGCGGACGCCAGAGAUGCCUCGCCCAGCCCCACCUCGCCCCUUGCAGAAGACUGGGCAGACGAGUCGCAGCUCUCCCCCACCGCCGCUUCGGGCGCCGACCACGAGGCGCUGCUCACCACACCCAGUCUGGCGUCGGAAGCGUCGUUCACUUCAGCGAUACCUGCAUCGCCCGCGUCGAGCACCUUCUCGCUGCGCGCACCCUCCAUCCUCAAGCGCCGCCCGCAGAGCUUCCGCACCGCCUCGCUGCGCGACAUCGACAUCUCGUACAGCCUCAUGCAGCGCAAAGCCUCGCUGCCCGCGCUCCCGCUCGCCGACAUCCAGCAGCAGCAGCAGCAGCACGACUUUUGGCACCACGCUGCCAUGCAUUCCUCACCCGCUCCGCCGCCGUACCAGCCUUCGAGUCCCGAUGCAAGCCACGCCGCCGAGCGCAGCGUCAAGCUCAUCGAGCCCGACUGGCGGCCGCAUCUGGACUCGCACGUGCGUGCGCAGGAGCGUCUCGAGGCCGCCACGCGCUUUGCCACUGCCCAGGGCACCGACGGCGACUUUUGGUUCGAGCGCUUCACCCAGAGCACGGCGGCGGCGGGGCGCGAUUGGGACUGGCGCAAGCGCCGCGCGCGACUCCAGCGUGCUGCUGCGCUCGGCAUGGCGCUGGGGCAGAGCGGGCUCGCGAGUCCCGCCGGUCCGCUGCCGGGUAAUGUGGGUAAGACCGAUGUGCAGCUGCAGCAUCAGCUGGGUGCACAGCCGACGCCCGCUGCUCAGGCUGCAUCGCCGGUGCGCAAGGUGCUGCCCGCCGCACCGCUCAUUACGUUCAGCGAGCACGAACUCAAGUCGGCGCCUGUGCUCAAGGUGGAUACCGAGAGCGGACGCAGGCCGGCACGCACCAGCAUCGAUGCUACCAGCCCCACGUACAGCGCUACACCGCUCAGUCCGACGCCCAGCGGCACGGGCACACCGCUCGGCGGCAUCUUUGGCGCAGUAUUGCCGUCGGCCGAGUCGGUGAGUGCCGUCAUGGCCGCGCGCAUGGCGCAGCGCCGGCGCGCAAGCGACGACGCCACCGCAUCGAGCGCCAUGCCCGCCGCGGGCGAUGCCACCACGAUGCGCAGGGGAGUCGUGGACAAGGCGAUGCGGCGCAGGCUCUCGGCGUCCACGAGCUCAGCGGUACCCAGCUCGCCCGGUGCAUCUCCCGCGGGCUCGCCGUCGAUCGAGGGCCGUGGCUCGCCGCUGCGCGAGGCAACGUCGCCAUUCUCGUCCGACGCGGGCAGGACCAGCAUGGACACGCCCAGCUCGCCCGGCGCGUCGGCGAUGAGCGUGCCCGGCAGACUCAGCAGCCUGGGCACGGUGGGCAAGAAGGUGUCGCUCACCAACCUCCGUGCUGGCUUACGGCGCGGCUCGGGCAGCACCGACUUUAUGCACGACGCAAGUGGCAUUGAGCUUGUGCCCAACUCGCCGGAGCUUGCCUUCGACGCCCACACGCACGCCGACCCAGCAGCAUCACCUUCGCCCGAAGGCCCACGUAGCAGUGCCGAUGCGUACAGCGCGCCCGAUCCACUGGAGGAUAUCGUUCUGUCGCGCACCGACUCGCAGCUGCGCCAUGCCGACGGCUCGGACGGUGGGGGGCCCAAGCAGCGCGUGCCAAGUGAGUCGCCGCAGGCCCCACCGCAGUUCCGCGGCGGGGCACGCGUGACCAAGCUCGGCUCGGCGCCGGCGGCGGUGUUGAAUCGAGCGCCGUACGAUGUGGUGGAGGAGCUGCGGCAGGAUCGGGAGCGCGGCGAGCGCGGCGAGCGCGACUCGAUCUCGCAGGGUUCGUCCGACUCGGACUCGCUGCGACGCCGGCUGCGCUCGCAGACCGACUCGGCCGCGCGUGCGCGCAUGGACUCGGUGCUGCUCAACUCCAGUCCCACCGCACGUCGCGACGGGCCGGCGGCGCUUUCGGCGGGCACGGCGUCUUCGCCACCCACAGCCAAGACUCGCGCCCGCGGCGGAUCGCGCUCGAGCAUCGUCAAGAGCGCCUCGGGUGCCAGCAAUCACCUCGACCGCUCGGCUAUGCGGCGUUCUUCGAUGCGCAGUGGGUCGGAUUCGGGAUCGCUUGCCAGCAGCACGUCGCUACCGAGCAUGGCGAGAAGGAGGGGAAAGGACGCGACGCCCGAUCCGCAGCUGCAGCCCGAACCGGCACCGAGGGGGAUGGCGCAGCGCGCACGCUCGGCUAGCAUCAGCAGCAACGCCAGCAGUCUGGCGUCCGGCAGCAGGAAGUCGAGCAGAAGCAAUAGUUUCAGGGAGACAGCAGGGUUGGGCAUGACCAGCAAUCCGGGCACGCCGGGAUCGCCCGAGGAGAGAAGGGGCGAUCCGUUUAGCUUGACGCCGCUGCAUGCCCAGCAGCCCGUUUCUAUUCCAGCAGUACGAUGUUUCAGUGUUUCAGCCAUCCGCCAAUCCAAACCGGCAUCGAAGGAGGUGGCAUCGAAAGAGGCUGUAUCGAAGGGUAGUUCGAAGCCGCUUGUUCGCGAGACAUCCGAGUCACCAGAAGAGCUCAAUUCGCGACCUCUGCCUUACCUCAGCUUUGCGCUUGGGGUGCCUACGCCUCCUUCGGCGACAAAGCCGACGUGGUCGGAACGUCGAGAAAAGUUGAUCUCGCACGAUCACCGCAUGGCCUCGCGCAAGGCGAUUGUAAAGGAAGCUACGCGCGGCUACUUUCACGACUUUCAUGCGAUCAAAUCCCACGGCGGCAAAACUUGGCGCGCCCCCAAUACUCUCAUCAAGGACGAUCGUGCAUUGUGGUUCCCCAGAGUAGAGGGCACGAGGUUGAGCGAUAAAAACAAGGUCAACACCGUCGACAUGCUACGCGGAAAGGUCAGCAUCAUCGCCUUGCUCGGCAGCAAGAUCAGCGAAGAACAUACAAGAUCCACCUACAAACAGGCACUGGACACUUUUGCAACCCACCCAGCCUUUCAACUCGUACAAAUCAAUCUGCAAACCAACCCCCUCAAGUCCUACCUCGUCUCUCUCUUCCUCUCGUCCCUGCGCACACAAAUCCCCCCCGAACUUCACCCUACCUACAUGCUAAGCUCCCAAGACCUCGAACUGGAAAAAGACCUCCUCGGCCUACACAACAAACACGUAGGCUACACCUACCUCAUCGACCACCACGGUCGCAUCCGUUGGGCUGCAAGCGCCUUUGCCGAACCCGCAGAAUCGACAGCACUCAAAACUUGCACCGCCAUCCUCCUAGACCGCGCCCUCGAGGCCAAAAAACCCAAAAAGUAA